CUAUAUAAUUAGGUUUCUUUUAGAUGAUUUAUUUACCCUAAAGCAAAAGGGGCGGAGGCAGAGGAGGGCAGCGAGAAUUGUUUGCUGAUAAAGAAUUAAACAUGGACGUGAACAGGAAGGUAAGUGAAGAAGAUAUAGAAGAGUAUUUGGUGAAGAAGGCGAUCAAAAAAGCAAACAAGUUGACGUCGAGAUCAUCAUCAUCAUUCUCGUCCUUUUAUUCUAAUCAGUCCAAUCCCUUUGGUGAUUCCAAUCUCGAUGAGAAAUUUGUGUGGCGCAAAAAGAUUGAGCGUGAUAUUGCGCAAGGGCUGACUUUCUUUUCUCUUAAAACCGAAAGAAGGAGACAGAGAGAGAGAAUGGAAGAUAUUGAAAAGGUUAAGAAAAGAAGAGAGCAAAGGGCAUUUGAGAAACGACAGCACGAGGAAGAAAGGGAGUUGUUAGCUAGAGAACGUGCCCGUGCUGAGUUUCAGGAUUGGCAGAAGAAAGAGGAUUGUGCUAUUCCACAAUUUGUUGCUAAUGAUGAUGAACGAAAAAAUCAGAUUCAAGAACCUGUGGAACCAGAACCGCCUACAUUAUUGGAGAAGUUCAAUCUGAAUAAAGCUAUGGGAGCUAUGAAGGAAGGUGAUGGAGUAAUUGGCUCUGUCGCUGAAGUGAACCUGGAUUCACAGGUAGAAUGGUGGUGUGACAAGUACCAACCGAGAAAGCCUAAGUAUGUCAAUACUUUUCACACUGGAUAUGAAUGGAACAAAUAUAACAGGACUCACUACGAUCAUGAAAAUCCCCCUCCAAAGAUUGUGCGAGGAUACAAGUUUAAUAUCUUCUACCCAGACAUGAUAAACAGGACAGAGACUCCAACUUAUACAUGCGAGGAUGAUAGCGAGACUUGCAUUAUAAGAUUUCAUGCAGGACCACCUUAUGAGGACAUUGCAUUCCGAAUUGUGAAGAAAGAUUGGGAUGUGAGCCAUAAAAAAGGAUUCAAAAGCACGUUUGAUGGGGUAAUUUUGCGGCUUCAUUUCAACUUCAGACGUCACUCCUAUCGCAGUGCUUAAAUGACAAAAUUAGACGUUUUGUGCUGAUAAGAGGAGAGAUGCUUGGAAAGAAUCCAGAUUCCUACUGUAGAAUCAAACUGUAUGCAAGUUGUCAUUUAUAGUAGCAUCAGUUUUGCUGGUAUUACCUUUUACAGAACUCAUUUUUAUCAAUGGUAGAGAGAUGAGUGGCACUCCCAAUGCAGAUCCAAUUGCUAAUAAUGUCCCCUACCUUACUGCCAGUUCCACCAUCUAAAAGGAAUCUCUCUUCCAUCAAAAGACAAAACAGAGAGGAAAACGGAAACUGAAAAGAGAAGAGAUAAGACUGCUAUGACAACUCCAAUAAUAGAGCAAAACAAGUCUUGCUAGUGUUGAGAUCCAAUAGGGGACUAAAAUCUAUCUACCCAGAACAUUGAAAAAAAAGAAGAAUCAUCAAAAGCUGAUUCUAAAAAUGGAGGAAAGACAAUAAAACUCUAUGAUACCAAUCUCUUCUUGGUCAGAUGGCAGAAAAUUUACGAGUUCAAUCAAACCCAGCAUCCAUCUUUAAGAAAGGGGAGGGGAGGAGAAAAAAAAGCAAGAAGAAACAACCAAGAAGGUACACUUGAUCCCUUACUCGAUCUCUUUGCAUGUUCCUUCAAGAAUCACCAUGUUUGUGCCAACAAACAAGCAUGGCAACACAGCGCCUCAUGAUAUAAAACCUUGCCUUCUGUUCCUUGGCUAAGCUACUACAUUUAUGUGAAAUAGAAGAGUUUUUUUGAGAGAAACUCCUUGGAAGAGGGCACUUUGGAGAAGAGCUCUUAAGGGACGAGGUCCUCAAGAGAGGAGCCUUGGAAGAUGAACUCUUAGUCGAGAAACUUCUUGUGAAAGAAGAUGAACCUUCUUUCUUUGAUAACUUCCACUUCUCAUCCAUCUACGAACCUUAGAAGCUACAAGUGACUAGCUAGUAACAGCAAGUGAUAUGAUUCUUCUCUGUAUGUACUAUAUACGUGUGAGAGUGCGAAAGAGUUGGUGUGUGUGUGUGUGUGAGAGAGGGAGAGAGAGAGAGGGAGAUAAGAUCAAGGAUGGGACUCGCUCAGUGAGUGGGCUUUUUAUUAUAUAUUGUAAUGGCGAUUCGGGUUUCAAGAUGCGAACCAGUAUUUCAUUUGGUGCUGAAAUUCUUUGCUUGUUUUUUUUUUUUACCUCUCAUGG